AUGCAAUGCCACCGUCUUCCUUCCUACCGACAAGGUAGCGCUGAUAGAACAAGUCCGGAGAAUUAUAAUCGGAAAACGUUUUUGGAAAUUAUCAGAAGUGUCACGACGCUCAUCGAUGAGGACGCUGCAGCUGUUUGCGACAGUGCUGUCAAUUGGUUACUGCUCGCUGCGCGACCUGCCAGAAAAAUGCCGGAACCCCAUCGCACCUGGCUUUACCGAUACCUUCCACGCACGAGCCCGUUUGAUGUAUGCGUACGACGCCGCUGCGAAAAAGUGUGUCGAGUUCUUCUACAACGGCAAAGGAGGAAACUCCAACAGAUUCUCUUUCAAGGAGCAAUGCGUGGCAACAUGCCUUAA